CCACUCUCAUUAUCGAACCCUAUGCUGAGCUUCUGAAGCCCUAGCGAGCGAUGGCUUCACGCAGACUCUUAUCUUCUCUUCUUCGAUCGUCGGCACGGCGGUCUUCUUCCAGAUCUCCGAUCUCAUCCCCCAACCCCAGGAUUCCAUUGUCUAACACUUCUCGCGCUUCCCCUUAUGGCUACCUCCUCAACCGUGUGGCUCAGUACGCCACCUCCGCCGCCGCUGCUUCACCACCGUCCCCACCACCAUCCGCUAAGCCGGACGCGGGAAAGAGCGGCAAGAUCACUGACGAGUUCACUGGCGCCGGCGCGAUCGGCCAGGUUUGUCAAGUGAUUGGAGCCGUCGUCGAUGUCAGAUUCGAUGAAGGGUUGCCUCCAAUUCUUACGGCGCUUGAGGUGCUUGAUCACUCGAUCCGUUUGGUGCUGGAGGUGGCGCAGCAUUUGGGAGAGAAUAUGGUCAGGACUAUUGCUAUGGAUGGUACGGAAGGGCUCGUUCGAGGGCAGAAAGUGCUCAACACUGGUUCUCCUAUCACUGUUCCAGUUGGUAGAGCUACUCUUGGACGUAUUAUAAAUGUCAUUGGAGAGCCUAUUGAUGAGAAAGGCGACCUUAAGACCGAUCACUAUUUGCCUAUUCACAGAGAAGCCCCAGCCUUUGUUGAGCAAGCAACUGAGCAGCAAAUUCUUGUAACUGGUAUUAAGGUCGUUGACCUUCUUGCUCCAUAUCAAAGAGGAGGAAAGAUUGGGCUCUUUGGUGGUGCUGGUGUGGGAAAAACUGUGCUUAUCAUGGAACUUAUCAACAAUGUUGCGAAAGCUCAUGGUGGUUUCUCAGUGUUUGCUGGUGUUGGAGAACGCACUCGAGAGGGUAAUGAUUUGUACAGAGAAAUGAUUGAGAGUGGUGUCAUUAAGCUUGGUGAUAAACAGGCUGAUAGCAAAUGUGCUCUUGUGUAUGGUCAAAUGAAUGAGCCCCCUGGUGCACGUGCUCGUGUUGGUCUUACUGGACUAACUGUGGCCGAACACUUCCGUGAUGCUGAAGGACAGGAUGUGCUUCUCUUCAUUGACAACAUUUUCCGCUUUACCCAGGCUAACUCAGAGGUGUCUGCACUGCUUGGACGUAUUCCAUCUGCUGUCGGUUACCAACCAACCUUGGCUACUGAUCUGGGAGGCCUUCAAGAACGUAUUACCACCACUAAGAAAGGAUCUAUUACUUCUGUACAAGCUAUCUAUGUGCCUGCUGAUGAUUUGACUGAUCCUGCCCCUGCUACCACCUUUGCUCACUUGGAUGCUACAACUGUGUUGUCCCGUCAGAUUUCGGAGCUUGGUAUUUAUCCUGCUGUGGAUCCUCUCGAUUCUACAUCUCGUAUGCUCUCUCCUCAUAUUUUGGGAGAGGAUCACUAUAAUACUGCUCGUGGAGUACAGAAGGUUCUCCAGAACUACAAAAAUUUGCAAGAUAUUAUUGCCAUUCUGGGAAUGGACGAGCUCAGUGAAGAUGAUAAGUUAACUGUUGCUCGUGCUCGUAAAAUCCAACGGUUCUUGAGCCAGCCUUUCCAUGUCGCUGAAGUAUUUACUGGGGCACCUGGCAAAUAUGUGGAGCUGAAAGAAAGUAUCAACAGUUUCCAGGGAGUUUUGGAUGGAAAGUAUGACGACCUUCCCGAACAAUCAUUCUACAUGGUUGGAGGCAUUGAAGAGGUGAUUGCCAAGGCCGAGAAGAUUGCCAAGGAAUCUGCUGCCUAAUUAUCAUUAUCAUCAUUGACGUCGUCCUAUUUCACAACUCCCCAUUUUUCUCCUUGUAAUUGUGAAGAUCAAUAAUUUAGGCGAUGUUGGCAAAUGUUGUCUGUCAACAAGAUUUUCAUUUAUAUAUAUUUUUUUGGAGAUGUCUUGUACCAAGAUCUUCCCCUUGCCAUUUUAGUGUGUUGAAGAGAAAUUUAACUGACUGGCCUGCCCCUUUUUUUUGUUGUUCUUUGAAUAAGGGGGAAAAUGGAUUCAGAACUUUUGUAUACUUUCUUUUCCCAAUCAAUUCCAAAACGUUGGAUGCAGUUUAGAAGUUA